UAUGAAACCAAGCAAUAUUGAAUUCCAAACGUUUUCAAUGUGGAUGGCUAUGUCGGAAUGGAGGUGCUUGGCUUCUUGGCUUCAUGGUUGGAUCCAAGCGGAAACGUGCUCCAUAGAGCGCCACAUAUUGUUUAGUGCUGGACACAUCAGACAAUACGGACCACUUUAGCACAGUACCGGUACGACUCAUAGGGUGGUAAAAGAGGUACUUCAAAAGAGGGCUCGCAGCUCCUGUGAGGAACCAUCGAAGUAGAAGGAGCUCCUAGUUUGUCUCUGCUGAAAAAUCUUGGAAGGACUUUGUUUGCAUGCUUUUGAAGUGAAUCUCAUGGCUUCCACUCAGCUUAGAAAUUACACUUCGUGCUUCCCGAAGAGCAGCUUCAAGCCUGCAAGGCCAUCCUUGGUUGUUGCAAGUGCGGUAAGAUUCGCUCCAAACAAGAACAACGAGGAUGUUUCGCUUGUAAUUGGCAGCAAAGUAGAUGUCUCCGUGGAGAAAGUUCUGGUCAAGGAGCUAGAGCAGGCAUACAAAGUCUCGCCCAUCAAAACUCUUCCGGCACCACCAGCGGAGGAGCUUCAUCCCCCAGCCGAGGAAAAGAAGUCAGAGCUGAGCCAGAGAUGGAGAGAAAUUCAAGGGGCUUACCACUGGGAGGGCCUGCUGGAGCAUCCUAUCGAUCCAUGCCUGCGAGCCGAGAUCAUCCGCUACGGCGAGUUUGCUCAAGCUUGCUAUGACGCCUUCGACAUGAACACUCGGUCCAAGUACUGCGGAAGCUGUAAGUAUUGCAAGAAAGAGCUCUUUGACCGAGUGGAUCUACCGGGCCGAGGUUACGAAGUGACCAAGUUUCUCUACGCCACCGCGGACCCGGAGAUCCCGUUCUUCUUCAAAAGCUCCGAGGCCUCGGACUCUCCCAACCGGGACUCCAACUGGAUCGGCUACGUCGCCGUGGCUACCUGCGAGAAGGAGAUCGCAAGGCUAGGGAGGCGAGACAUCGUCGUUGCCUGGCGGGGGACCGUCACCUCGAUCGAGUGGUCCGAGAACUUCAAGGACUUCCUCACACCCGCGGGGCUGGAUCAGCGACACUGGGACAAGAACAAGUGCUCGUUCCUCGACGGUGUCAAGGUGGAGAAUGGCUUCCUCCACUUGUACACGUCCAAGAAGAAGAGUGCCAAGAAGAAGAAGAAUCGGAGUGCCCGCGAGCAGCUGCUGUGGGAGAUCCAUCGCCUUGUUGGUCUCUACAAGGGCGAGCAGCUGAGCAUCACGGUGACUGGGCACAGCCUCGGCGGAGCCCUGGCGCUCCUCAGCGCCUACGAUAUCGCUGAGUCAGGCAUGGACGAGCCCCUCACGAGCGUCGUGUCCGGGAGCUACUGCGAGCAGCAGGGAGCUCCAACCGGAACUAUGGAUCCCAUCUUCGAGAGCCUCCCCCGGCCUCACAACAUCGACGACGAUCCGACCAACAACAUCCCCGUCGCUGUCUUCUCCUUUGCCGCCCCCCGGGUCGGGAACGAUGCGUUCCGUGAUCGAUGCGACUCGCUCGGUAUCAAAGUCCUUCGCGUUGUCAACGAGAAGGACUUGGUCCCCAAAACUCCGGGGAUCUUCUUCAACGAGAACAGCUUCGCAUUCAUCCGGGCGGUGAUCGACAAGCUCCCAUGGACCUAUUCUCACGUCGGCCAGCAGCUCCAGGUUUGCAGCACGCACUCGCCAUUGCUCCAGCCCACGAUGAAUCCGUCCUGGCAUCACAACUUGGAAGCCCACUUGCAUCUCUUAGAUGGGUAUCACGGCCCAGACAAGCCGUUUUCUUCAAUGACGCAGAGGGAUCCAGCGCUGGUGAACAAGGCUGCCGAUUUCUUGAUCGAGGAAAUGGGUAUCCCGGGUUUUUGGUGGCAAGAGAUGCACAAGGGUCUGGUAAAGGAUUUAUCUGGAAGAUGGGUGCAGCCUCACAGGGAACCCCACGAUGGAGACGACGAAGAUUGUUGCAAAUAUCAUCGACGUCACUGAGGGACUGUGCUACGGAAAGAGAGUAGCGAAGGUUGGCACAAUAAUUGCAUUGCGUAAAGAACAAUGUUUAGUGACAAACAGCAUAUUUCGGAGCCUGUACAAGUUGUGAAUACAAUAAUGAAUGGAUUUGCGUACAGAAAGAAUUUGUCAAUGUUGAAGAGUGACAGGAU